AUGGUACCAGUAAUCAACGCAAACGCAAAAACCACUCCCACCAUUCAAUUCCACCAUACAUUCGCUCUAAGUCCCCUCCCCAAACUCCAUUUCUUCGCCCCCUCCGCCCUCAAUCUGAAAGCCCUAAAAAUCUCAUGCCGCGGAGAAAAAGAGGAAAUCCCAGCCGACGACGCGCUCGCCGCCGAACUGAACCUCGAGAUCAAUAAACUGAACUCCUCUUCCGCUCAUCGGGAAGAGGCCUUCCGGAAAAGCAGAGAGAUUUUGUUCGCGGAGGUCUGUAAAUUCACGGGGGUGCUAUCGGCGGAUUUGGAGCGAAAAUGGAGGAGAAUGAACGAAGGCGAAAGGUGGGCUAUGGCCAAAGGGUUUGUUUCGGUGUGGGGCGAUCGAUUUCAUCCUCUGUCUGCGAGAUCUGUUAAGGACAUGAUGGAUGAAUACUUGAGGAAAGAAGAUGAACCUGUUUCGAUUGAUUUGUUACCUGGCUUGAAGAAAUUGUUGGGGGUUUUCUUUUCUGGAAAUGAUGAAGAGUGA